UUUUAAAAGGGGACUCUGACUUAACUGUAAAUUGCUUUGGGAUUUCCGUGGAGGAAAGCGGUGCAAAUCUUCCUUCUAGCUCCGGUUUAAGCAACGUUCUGAAAGACCCACACUGAGCAAGAAAGGGUGUUUGGGAAGGAGAGAAAAGACCCGAUUGCAGAAGUUUGGAGAGGAAAAAACAGUUUAGUAUGAGCUUAGGUUAAGAAAAAAAAGUCUCUCUUUGCGGCUUACUUGGAGGAGGUGUGCUAGAAAACCAGAGAGCGGCGCAAAGCCAGUUUUCAGCCGAGUCACGUGGACGAAAGAAAAGUGAAACAUAAGAUGCUAGAAGCUCGAAUUGAGUCUUCGAUUCUUCCUGAAUGAGAAGAGGAUGGCAGAAAGGGCUCUACUCAAUCUGAAUCCAGCCGGUCUUCUAAGAGGAGGCGCUCAGUGGGUCCUUGAAGCUCUUCUCUCGUGCAUUAUUCCGAAGGUCAAGAGAUUCUUGAUCUUCUUGCUGGUUACCGUCGUGAUUGCAGUGGUGGUCUCUGUUGUCCUCUCCACUGCUGUGUGGCUAACCAUGGACAAAGUGGAGGAUCUUUCCAUGAACUCAGAGUCUGGGAUCAUUCUGCCAAGCAAGCAGUGGUGGAAACCUCACAAUGCCAUGAAAAUCCUGAAAGAUGUCCUGUUGUAUAUAGCUAUGAUUCUGCCCUCUGAUGAACCACUGACCGUCAGGAAUCUCCUGCGGCAUCGCGAUCGGUUGGGUGGCAUGAACUACAUGCUGCGAGCCUGUUUUGACAAGGCCAUUGACGUGUUCAACCAGGAGCCCACCGUGGUGCAGCAAAACGCCAAGAUGAUUAUCCAGUGCGAAGGACAAGCCGUUGAGUUCCUCUCUGGCAACGGGGACUGUGAGAUUUCGGUGUAUCUCUUAAAUGAGAAGAUCCAGUACACCAUCCAGGAGCUGACGGCGGAAAUGUACCUCGCGAGGCUGUCGGUUCGUCAGGAGCCACUCAGUGUUGGGGAUCUGCUGAGAGUGAGAUGGGAAUUACAGUCCUUGAAGGUGCUUUCGGAGGAACUGGGGGGUUGCCUGGAGUUGGCGGUGGAGAAUUUUGCCGAGGAACCGUCCUGCGUCCAAAGCAGUGCCUAUAUGGUUGUGGACUGCGGUGGGCUGGUGCUGAAGUUUGCUUCUGGGCGGGGGGAGAACCACAUCAAUGUCUACGAUGUACAGGACGGCCGCAUGCACUACCGGAUCAAGGCCGCAGGUCUGUGGGCCAGCACCGUCCGGUUCUUCCGUGGGAACAAAGAGCAUAUGGAGUCACGGCCAAGGAAAGUCCUGCAGCUGGAGUGAGAUUGGCGCAAACCCACACCUUGUCUCUAAGGGGCCAGUUCUACCUUCCUAGAUACAGGAAGCUGUCUCGUACAGAGUCAGCUCAGUGGUGUCCACACUGACUGGGAGCGGAUUUCCCAAGGUUUCAGGCAGGAGUCUUUCCCAGCCCUAAUAAGUGAUGCCAGGGAUUGAACUGGGGACAUUCUGCAUGCCAAGCAGAUGCUCUACUGCUGAGCGGUGGCCCCAUCCCCCCCAAGGUGGCAUCCAUGGGUCUCCCAUCCAGGUACUGACCAUCCCAAGACCUGCUUAACUUCAGCCAAGUAGUUGUAUUGUAUGCUCGUAGGCCAUGGCUUGAUCUCCCUUUCAUAGCACACCAUACUAUGUGGGAGGAGAGCUGGUCUUGUGGUGGCAAGAUGAAUUGUCCCCCUUGCUAGGCAGGGUCUACCCUGGCUUGCAGUUGAAUGGGAGACGGCAUGUGUGAGCACUGUAAGAUGAUGGGGCCGCUCUGGGAAGAACAUCGGCUUUGCACAGGAAGGUCCCAGGUUCAAUCCUUGGCAGCAUCUCCAAGAAAGGACCGAGAGAGUCCUUUCUGCCUGCUACCUUGGAGAAGCUGCUACCCUAGGAACAUAGGAAGCUGCCAUAUACUGAGUCAGACCCUUGGUCCAUCUAGCCCAGUGUUGUCUUCACAGACUGGCAGUGGCUUCUCCAAGGUUACAGGCAGGAAUCUUUCUCAGCCUUAUCUUGGAUAAGCCAGGGAGGGAACUUGAAACCUUCUGCUCUUCCCAGAGUAGCUCCAUCCCCUAAGGGGAAUAUCUUGCAGUGCUCACACUUCUAGUCUCCCAUUCAUAGGUAAACAGGGCAGAUCCUGCUUAGCAAAAGAGACAAGUCAUGCUUGCUACCACAAGACCAGCUCUCUUUCCAGUCUGGGUAGGCAUUACUAAGCUAGAUGGACCAAUGCUUUGACGCAGUAGAAGGCAGCUUCCAAUGUUCCUAAGAUACAGGGGUGGGUUUUUUUAGUGGGACCAUUUCAAGCACAACAUGAAGGUGUGUGGAUAGGAGAACGUUCUUCUGUGCUUGUUUUUAACUUGCUCAUGGAGAAACUAACCCAUGAAAGAGAAGGCUAAGCAUCAGUUAGCAUAGACAACAUUAUGCUAGCUGGAGGAAUGGUCUCUGACUCAACAAGGUAGCUCCAUGCAUUCACAAAUAAGACCUUUUUCUCCUUCGGUGCUUACUUUCCAUGGGCAGGGAGGCUUUGCCCCCCAACACACACACACAACCCCAGGUGUUCCCAACCUUUUUAAAAAAAACAACGUGUACCCUUUCGAUUGCAAACUUUCAGUUCAGGUACCUUUGAUGUUUUGGUAACUGAAAUUUGAAAAGUUUAUGUGUGUUUUUAUUCACUGAGAUUGUUUUUAAAUGUUUUAUGAACUUUAACUUCUUAUAUUUUUACAUCUUACUUUACUUUAACUUUUUAAUUUUACAAUUGUGCUGUAAAAUCUUGCACACCACUUAGAGAUGUCUAUCAUGGGCAGUAUAAAAAUAGGACAAAUAAAUAAAUAAAAUAAUCAGGUUAA